CUGACAGUUUCUAAUUUCAGCCGGCUGCUCUCGCUUCACUGCACUGCUUUUGUUGUGGUGCUCGGGCCUAUUGAGGAAGCAAGAGGGACGUCUACGGAAGGAGCAACAUUACAGGCAACACAACUUUGUCAAUACGAGAGAGAGAGAGAGAGAAAGACCAUGGUGCUCUCCGGCGGAAUGAUCGAGGGAGCUGAGCGGAGCAGCAGCACCAUGGCAGACAGAAGACAAUUGUUUGCUGAGAUGCGUGCUCUUCAGUUGGAUUCCAUCAGACUUUCCACCUACAGAACUGCAUGCAAGCUCCGAUUCAUUCAGAAGAGGUGCAAUUUGCACUUAGUGGACAUCUGGAACAUUAUCGAAGCCUUCCGGGAGAAUGGCCUUAACACCAUGGACCUCAACACGGAGUUCUCAGUGGCUCGACUUGAAGCAAUACUGUCCACGAUCUUCUUCCAGCUGAACAAGCGGAUGCCCACUACACACCAGAUCAACGUGGAGCAGUCUGUGUUACUUCUGCUCAACUUCUUGCUGGCGGCAUAUGACCCGGAAGGUCUUGGGAAGAUCUCGGUAUUUGUCGUGAAGAUGGCGCUUGCGACAUUAUGUGGAGGGAAGAUUAUGGACAAAUUAAGAUAUAUUUUUUCUCAGAUAGCAGAUCCCACAGGCAUGAUGAUCUAUUCCCAGUUUGACCAGUUCUUGAAGGAGGUGCUCAAGCUUCCCGUUACCGUUUUUGAAGGACCGUCUUUUAGCUAUACCGAGCAGACCGCUAGGACUUGCUUUGCGCAACAUAAACAGGUUUCUCUGAACAUGUUCCUGGACACCUUGAUGUCCGAUCCUCCGCCACAGUGUCUUGUAUGGUUGCCACUUAUGCAUCGGCUGGCUAAUGUCGAGAACGUCUUCCACCCAGUUGAGUGCGCCUACUGCCACAGCCAAAGCAUGAUGGGAUUUCGCUACCGUUGCCAACAAUGCCAUAAUUACCAGCUCUGUCAGGAGUGUUUCUGGAAGGGACAUGCUUCUGGCUUCCAUAGCAACCAGCACCAGAUGAAGGAAUACACAUCAUGGAAAUCUCCUGCGAAGAAGUUAUCGAAUGCUCUGAGCAAGUCUCUGGGUUGUGCCUCGAACCGGGAGCCAGCCAAUCCCAUGUUCUUCGAUGUUCCUGAGAAACCUUUAAACCUUGCUCAUGUGGUGCCUCCAAGGCCAGCGAACAGUGGGAACGAGUACACGCUGUCGCACACCAUGCCGUCCACCAACAAGCCCUUCAGAGUAGCCGGGAAUGAGGACGUUAAACAGAGAAAACUCCUGACUCGGGAUACUCCAGACCUACUGAAAGGGAAAGGGGUUCAGUACAGCCUUGAUAUUGCGGACAGACUUUCAGAUGAACAUGUUCUCAUUGGGUUAUACGUGAACCUCCUCCAAAAGAACCGCACCGGUUUGCUGGAAAGCAGGACGAAUAAUCAGGAUGAUGAGCACUACCUCAUUGCCCGCUAUGCUUCCCGAUUGGCUGCCGACAGAACAUCAGUGCAAUCCAGAGUGCCGACUGACCUGUCUCUCUCUCUGGACACGAACAAACAACAGAGGCAACUCAUCGCUGAACUGGAAAGCAAGAACAAGGAAAUCUUGCAGGAGAUCCAGCGGUUAAGACAGCAGCAUGAUGAAGCAUCGCAGCCUCUUGCGGACAAAAGCCAGCAAAACCCGACACUGCUUGCUGAGCUUCACCUUCUAAGGCAGCGGAAAGGAGAACUGGAAGACAGGAUGUCGUCUCUUCAAGAGAGUCGAAGAGAACUGAUGGUGCAGCUGGAACAGCUCAUGUUACUCUUAAAGGAGGAAGAACGGAAGCAGAAUCAGGGUCCAGGCUCCUCCUCUCGUUCCUCUCCAAGCAACACCGCCAGCAGCUCCAUCCCCACGCCUGUACCGUCAACUUCCGGCAACACGACACCCAGUCAGACGCCUCAGGACUCGCUCAUGGGGCUCGGAGGAGACGUCAUACAGGCUUUUGCUCAGAGUUCGAGACAAAACUUAAGAAACGACCUGCUCGUGGCUGCGGACUCCAUCACCAGCACCAUGUCCUCACUGGUUAAAGAGCUUCACUCGGAAGCAGGAAGCGAGUCUGACAGUAACGCUGAUGCAGAUGCUGAUGGACUCACGUCACGGGUGUUAGAUGAGGACCUAGAAGGAGAGGGAGGUUAUGAGAAGGAGCUGGAGCGGCGUCUGGAGAGAGAACUGAGGACGGACGAGAAAACAGCUGCUGGAGAAAGUCGAAAUGGCAGAGGAAUCACGCAGUACUGAAACGCUGAGCACUCGACAAUGACGACGGCUGAAUCUACUGAGCAUUAACACCACUCCUGUAAAUAUCCGCGACGAUCCAACAUCGUGUUUGAGAAAAAUACUGUGAACUGACGACUGACUCGGAGAUUAUGCACAGCAGAUAUAUGUCAUAACACCAUCAGUGCCAUAAAACGAAGAAACACCAAUACGGACGUUAUUUUGCCGACAUUUUGUGUACUGUACCUUCAGAAAGUGGCGGGAAAAUCAGGUUUAACAAAGCUGCUGUCUUUUAUAGCGUACGUCACACCUUGCACUGACUCGUCCGCGAACUAGCAAGCGUUCUUUCUUUCUUUCAAUCACGUUGGAUUCUGGUUCGGGUAUGUCCCGUUGGUUGGUCGCGCUUUUGUUUAAUUUGGAUUUUAAAAGAUUCAUAGAGCCAGUAAAAUCGCAAAUGACUACUACACUGCCUUAGCUGAGCGAAUCAGGUUAACCUUUGAAAAAUUCUCCUGAAUUAUUCGAAAAAAAAAAUUUCAUUAAAAACCAAAUUGCCCUUUCACACUGGUAUGCUCAAGUUCCGGUGGCGUUCAUUCCGGAAACAAGCAGCUUGAUGAAACGCUUGUGAAAAUGUUAAAAGAAGCUGACUCGCAUUCAAAAGUAUCGGAACAGAAAUUUCAUGUCUUUGAAAUGAUCUCGUCCACGUCAGACAUCGAAUUUCAAAUUUCAGCUACAGUUCUGAUAUUUCCUAAAAUCCUCAACUCUUAAAAACAUGGAGGUUUUUUUUUUUUGAAAUACAAAGUAGGUGAAAACCUGUCAUUUUGAAAGGUAGCUCUUACCCCUAGCAAGUUCAAAACAAAGCAAAAGAAAUGAAAUUUAUUUCACGUGACGUGUAUAUAAUGGCCCUUUUCCACUACCCUUUUUCAGCUCACUUCAGCCCGACAUGGCUCGCGUUUCGACUACCAAAGAACAGCACGACUCGGCUCGCUUCAGCCCUGCUUAGCCCCUAAAACUCGCACGGUUUUGGAGUGGGGCUGAAGCGAGCCAAAGCGAGCCGAGUGAGGCUGGGGGCGUGAGCAGACACUCCCCUGUGCACUGAUUGGUGAGGAGGAGUGUCCUCACAUGCCCACACACGCCCCGCGAGCACGCUGGGAUCUGUAAACACCGCAAACCCGGAAGAAGACGAAUUACGAGAAUUUCUGAAGCCUUAUGCGCCUCGCCUCAUCUAUACGCUCUUGCCAGUAUCUGUUGGCGUUGUCGGUGACAACAAGCCACAGCACCAAGACCAGCAACACUAACGACUCCAUGUUUAUUGUUUACUAUCCGGGUCGUGAGACUACCGCUUAAAAGAUCACUGAUGUCACUGUUUGCGCUGCUUAACGACAUCACGUGACGUCCACCCACUUUCGCUAACUCCACCCAAUGUGUCCACCCACUUCCAGCCAGCACGGUUCAGCGCGGUUGUAGUCGAAAUGCAACUCCAACAGCCCCACUCAGCUCGACUCAGCCUGACUCAGCACGGCACGGCUCAGCCCAACUCAGCCGCGUUGGUAGUGGAAAAGCGGCAUAAGAGAGUCCAAAUAUACAGUACCAGUUAAAAGUUUGUACUCCCCUACUCUACUCAUUGAGGUUUUUUUUUUUCUGUUUUCUACAGUGUUGAACAAUACUGAAGACAUCAAAACUAUGAAAUAACAUCAGGAACCUGCAGUACUAUGCAAAAGUCUUUGGCACCCUAUCUUUUUUUUUUUUUUUCCAUGCAAACUUGAUUGAUUUCUAUUUUAUGACUUCUACAUUAUCGAGUCAAAACAUUUUAGAUUUCCAAACAUUCGGUUUUUUUCCAGCACAAAAUUAAAUGUUACAGGGAAAAAAAAAAAAAAGCGUUGGUUUGUAUCUGAGCAGCAUAUUCCAUCGGAGAGCACUUUUCAGAUGAAAAAAGAAAACUGCAAAAGUUUUGGUGCAAAAUGAAGAAGCGAGUGUGACAAAGUGUCCAGAAGAACUGUGGCUGGUUCUGGAAGCUGCUCUAAAACCUACAGCUCAUUUCUGCAUAAAACUGCACUCACUGGACCUGAGAUUGCGGUUUUUGGUUUUUUUUUUUUAAUGCAAAAGGUCGUCUCACACCAAAUAUCUACUUUGCAUUUAUUCAUUUAUUAUGGCUUACUACUUUUUCACGUUGAAACAUUUCAUUUCAUUAUUUUUUAAGGCAGUUUUGGUCGACAGCAUUUCUUUACACGUGCGUAAGACUUUUGCACAGUCCUGUGGAUGGAAUUAUGUACGAAAUAAAAGUGUGAAACAAACAAAACGUUUGAUAGUUUAGAUUCUUCAAAGUAUCCAGCGUUUACCUCGAUGACGCUUUGCAUACUAUUGGCGUUAUCUUAACCAGCUUCGUGAGGUAGUCACCUGGAACGCUUUUCAAUUGACAAGUGUGUCGUGUCAAAAGAAUUAGUGGACGAGUUUCUUGUCUUCUUAAAGCUAGACCGCCUUUCAGAUUUUUCAAUUUCAGGUCAUAAAAAGAAUUUUUCCCGACACCUAAUUAUUUUUGUUUAGUGGACCCAAAGCUACUGAAUUUGAAUCAGAGACUUCAAAUUGUAUUAGUUUUCUUUUUAAACAGAACAAUUCAUGACUAUCUCCAAGUGGCCCUAAAUUCUCCGCUAUUUUUUCCUGCUUCACCAUGACCCAAUUCAAGAUACUACAUCAUGCAUCACAUCCCGUGGUGGGCUUUCCCUGUUCGCGCAAGGCAUUGUGGGAUACAAAUUUGAAACAGGAGAGAAAAAUGGAGGACGUGAGUGUGCGAAUGAAACGUGAAAGAGCGACUACAGUAACGAGCACCUCGGUGUGAUCAGCUGUUCGUUUAGCGACAGAACGAAGGUAAACCUGCGCAUGCGCACACGGACUUCCUCUGUCUGCUUGACUGCACGAAGCGAGCGAUUUCAUGCACAUUAUUUGCUUUAAUCCCCUCAAAUUAAAUAACUUCCAAGCCACGGAAUGGCCUGAUAUUUUUGAGAGAUUACAGAAAUAAACAUAUCACAAUCAAGAACCGCUCAACUAAGUAAAGAGAGACGGCAUCCAUCAUUACUUGAAGACAUGAAGUGACUUUUAAUUCAUAAAAAUAAAGAAAAACUAUUGAAUUAGAAGGCGUGUCCAAACUUUUGAUCUUUGUCAGCUUCCAAUCUGAGUUAAAACACUGUUAAUUAUCGUAUUUAAGCGCGCGCCUCUCAGCACAUGUCUAAAGUAAUUAAUUUUUUUGUGGACUAAAUGAAUACGAGUCUGGCGUUGUAAUUUAAAUUAUAAGACACUUUUCAAGGCUCAUGGUUUCAGCACAGCAGUUGUUAUAAAUAUGAUUUCUACACACUCCGCACACUUGAAACAAUAACCUGCUCACCAUUUUGAACUGAUCUGUUACAUUUUGCAUGGUGCAAAUAAAAAAAAUUCAAGAUA